AUCUGCACGUCUAUUUGGCUUCGAAAUUAUAAUUAUUUUGUGGAACUAAGCAAGCUUCUGCUAGACCAGCUGGUAUAUGUAGUCUUAAGAAGAGGAUAUAUAUCAUUGGACUGAUUUGGCUGGAUCUUAGCUAUAUAUUCAAUACUGAUACCAAAAAGUUCACACCCGGCGACAUGACAAACAAGUUACUUCGGUGCUUCAUGUCAGCCAUCCUUUAGGUUGCAAUUUUGCAGUCCAAAGAAUAAAAUAAAAUAACUCUUGUCCAAGGAGCAGCAGUGACCGAACCAUCUUCCAAGCCACACACCUACAGUAUAAUGCUUUUCUCAAGAUCCUCGACUCCAUGGAAGUUAUAAUUUUCAACAUAAGGAUAAUUGUUGGGACUGUGGGUGGAGACAGGAAUAAAGAUAUGAGUGGGGGGUCAUUUUAUUUAUAAAGUAGGAUUUUUGUAAUGAAUUGUUACAUUCUGGUCAUGCGGAUGGUUGAUAUGUGAUUUGGUUAAAGCACUCCAAGUUUCCAUAUCUUAUCAUUAUAAUUACAGGAUCAAAAUGCUUAGUAAAUGGCAAUUAUGAGGUCGGAUAUUACAUAAUCUGCCUUAAUCGCAAAGAAAUAAAGCAAUUAAUUCCUUCUCUCCCACUCUUUGAAAAUGGAGAAUUUUCCUAUAUAAUAAAAACAUCAAUAGUCGGACUUCACAGCAGUUAUUGCUGUUCUUUCCACUUCCAAUAAGGGAGGACCUUGUUGUGCCAUGGUUUUACUGCAUCAGUCUGGACAGGUCAUGCAGUCCAUCCAGAGCUACCCAACUUCAGGAACUAUGCAUCAGAUGUAUCCACAAGGACAACCUCUAAUGAUCAAGCAUUACAGCCCAAUCUCAUCAUUUCCAAGGAAGGAGAAUACAUUACAUGCAGCCCAGAAGCACCGCCUGGCAGAGCAGAGCAGAAGAAACAGAAUCAGCGGCCAAUAUGACACCCUCCGUGCCAUCCUUCCCAGCAUAUACAAAACGGAUAUGAGUAAGCUGAAAAAGGCUUUUGUGCUUUCUGAGACAAUCCGUAUGGUGAAGGAGUUUAAGAAGCUUGUAUCAGAAAAGAGAGCAACUAAUCGUGAAGUCGGGGAUUGCGGGAUACCUAGUGGGGCAGAUAGAUUGAGCUUAGAACACUGUGAUGGUGGUGAAGGGAUGGUGAAGGCUGUAAUGAGCUGCGAGGACAGGCCGAACAUUAUGGCAGAAUUAGCAAAAGCACUGAAAACGGUGAAAGUGAAGCUGGUGAGAGCUGAAAUGGUGACUAUGGGUGGAAGGAACAAGUUUGCUCUGUGGAUGCAAGGGCCUAAAGAAGGACCUGGCGUGCUUAAGAGGGUUUUGGAGGCUGUUAUGAGGAGGCCUUCAUGGAUUGCUAGAAAACACAGAAGUUCUUGGCAUUCCCGAGCCUCAACAGCUUACAAUUUUAAUAGGGCCACUUCUUGAAAAAUCUCUUAUUUUUCUCCAAGUAACAUAAUUACCCGUUUGUAAUUAGUCGUGAUGGCCUUUCUGGAACCAUCCAGCCCUCUAAUCAAUACGUCUGAACAUGAUAGGUGAAAGUAUACGUACUUGCUGACCUUUUUUCUUCUUAUCUUCGUAGUUCCUCUGUAAUUCAAUGUUUCCAGAGAUGGUAAUUUGGAUUUCAUAGCAAAGAAACUUCGAAUGAAAAAAUUAAUUGAUAUUACAGGUUAUCCUUAUCCUAUUCAAUGGCUUCCACCAAAAUCUCAUCUUCUUCAACACAAGACUCCCAUCUGAAUUCUAAACCUAGCUAGCUCGUUCCCAUCAGGUCCUUGCCCUUCUAUUCAAACAUAGAAUGGGUUUAAGAAUUGUGUCCAAGCAUGUUCUUUUCUUAGCUAUAUUGGUCUUCUAUCAUGGCCUUGUACAGUAGUCGUUAUUAAUGUACUAGGGAAAACUGCAUCAGUGAAUAAAGGGGUCCUUCGUUUCUUGUGGUAGUUGCAGAGCAAACGAAUGGGCAUUUCCACUUCUGCUGUGGAGUGAUUGCAUCUGCCUUAGCUAUAUUGGUCUUCUAUCAUGGCCUUGUACAGUAGUCGUUAUUAAUGUACUAGGAAAAACUGCAUCAGUGAAUAAGGGGUCCUUCGUUUCUUGUGAUAGUUGCAGAGCAAACGAAUGGGCAUUUCCACUUCUGCUGUGGAGUGAUUGCAUCUGCCAGGUAUAAUUGCAAAAUGAUGGUAGUAACUAGCUAAGUCUUCUAACGCACCUCCAUCGCAGCCAACACCGAACUGUCAUCAAUCCUACUUACAUCCCGUUGUAUCUUACAUCUAUUACACUAAACCUUAAAGGUAUAUUAUUUUUGUUUUUUUCAACCGACAUCUGGUCAGACUAGCAUCCACCGACUCAGCGGAAUUCUGUAUGACCAUUAAACCCAGAACUGCGAACAGUCCCAAAUAUAGAUGGAUUCCACCAACGAUAUGUCCAAUUCCAACCAUAACACCAUUUCAAUUAUUGCUUCCCAUCAAACCAUAGUCAAAUGAAACAAGUCCUUCAAAUUGGCAAAGGUUCCUUGAUAGCUGUUAUCAGCAAUCAAAUAAGGACUGCGCGUGCUUCUGAAAAAUAUGAUGC